UCCAAACCGGUUUGCCCGACUGUUGUACUUGGCAGUCAUCCAUUAAAACUUCUGUCAGUUUAGCUCAUUUAACUUAAAAAAGUCAAAUAGGAGCACUCAUCAAGUCUGAACUGUUUUAAGAUUUUUUUUUAAUAGUUGAGGCUUCAAGUUUUCCACCUUCAUCACACUAAGAUGCCAGGCUGCAGCAGGUACACAGAAGUUGAACGACAAAACGUUCAGCAAAGAGAAGAGCAGAUUCCUAAAAUACAGGGUUGGCACCUUCCAGUCAGUCGUUUGGUCAGUGAGCUCUCAUCCAACCAAGAUCUUGCUGUGUGAGAAAGAAUCAGCGAGAACGCUCAGCUGACUGAUUGGGAGACGUGCUGCCGGAGACAGAGAGGAGCAUUGCAGCAAUGGGAAAUACAGCCACCAAAAAAGAGAGGUUCCAGUCACAAACCUCCAAAGGCGAAGACUCCCAUAAUGAUAGACGGUCUGACCGUGGAGGAGGUGACCAGAGAACAGCUGGAGGAGCACAUUGCACGUCUGCGAGAGGAACUUCAUAGAGAGCGGGAGGAGAAGAACUACUUUCAGGUGGAGAGGGACAAGAUCCGCUGUUUUUUUGAGAUCACAGAGAGACAGCUGGAGGAGACCAAGGCUGGGCCAAAGAACCUCAACAAGAAGAUCGAGGAGGGCGAGAGGGAUCACCAAGACGAGAUCAAGUUGUACAUGCUGAAGAUGAAGCACGCUCUAUUUGAACACCAGAACACCAUCACAGAGUUGCAGGCUGAAGCUAAAGUGUCCACUGAGGCUGUGCAGAGAGAUCAACAACUGUUAGAGACUAAGCUUCAGGAGGAGAUGGAUGACAUCAGCGUCAACAUGGAGAAGCUCGACUUCAGCGACCUUGUGAAGGAGCUAGAGCUGAAACAUCAAGAAAAAAUGUCUGAAACAAGAGAACACUGGGUAAAACAGCUCCAGGACGCUGAAAACAUGUAUGAGGGAAAGAUGGAGGACUUUCUACAAGAGCUGGAGCACAUGAGGAAAAAAGAGAUCAGUGAGAGGGAGGAUCAGAGGAACAGCCAUGCCAUCGGCCUUGAAAAGGGCCACAGAGAAGCUCUCCAGAAGAUUAAAGAGCUCAUGGAGGCGAUGGUGUCAGAAAACUCAAUAGAGUCACUGAAGGCAGAGAAAGAAGAAUUAGAGGAGAUGAUAAAGAGGAGAAGCAUGGAAUGUCUCAGAAUUCUGCAGGAAAACGAGUGUCUCUCUGAAUGUCUCUUAAAAAUCAACAAGGAGGUGGCUGCAGACCAGAAAAGAGUGAGCAACUUCAGGCUGGAAAAGACUGACAUGGAGAAAGACUGCCAGAAGGAGCUGCAUGAACUGAAAAACAACCUUGAGGAACUGGAACAGAAAUUCAGAGAGGUCCAAAAGGAAAUAGGCAAGCUGAAAGAGACAAUCACCCAGAAAAUUCAGGAGCAGGAGCAGAGGGAGAGUUUGAAGGAUGAAGAGCAGGAGAGAAAGAUGAAAACUGUGACGGACCGACUGGAGGAGGUUCAGGCUCAGCUAAACUCGAUGCUCUCUGAUCCUAACGCAGACCAAACUGCACUACGAGGGUUUGCCAAGCAAACGGAGGAAGAUUUUGACCACAGUAAAAAAAACAUCGAGGACUUAAAACAUGAUACUGAAUUGAUUUACAAGGCCCUUGAGGAUUUGAUGCUGCACUGUCAAGUAGCACAAUGAGCUCUCAGUGUCCAAAUGGAGAAGACCUGAAGAACCUUGUAAAGCAGUUUGGCCCCUAAAUGAAGGCAACUAUUCAAGAACUUCUCCUUGAUACAACUGUUUGUGUGCAGUUCUUCAAAUCUCCACUUCAGGCCGAUUUUAAAAGUGAGUCCAUCCCUGUCAGCCUUGCUUGUUAAAUUCUCUGAAAAGGAAAAGCUGAAAAGGAAGUCACUGCUGUUCCAAAGAGCUCCAGCCUCCAGGAGCUGAGUGCAUCAGCUGGGUUUAUCAUUAUGUUUGACUCAAAGCAGGAAAAAAACUGUUUUAAGUUCCAUGCGGGCAAUCAAAGAUAAUUUUAUUGUUAUUAUUAUUAGUAGUAGUGGGAGUAGGAGUAGUAUUUAUUUAUUUAUUUAUUUAUUUAAAGACCUGACCUGCUGCAGUGAGGCAGACAACAAUGAUAAUCAACUUAAUUAAGCAAC